AUAAUUACUGAUUUAGCCAAAUUAAAGAAUACCCAUCGAUUAAGAAAACCUACCGUUUCUUCUUCAUAUUGUAAUGCAUUAGCUUCUCCAAAUGUUUCUUAUUCCUUCAUUCAUCAAGGAAAUUAAUUCAAACCCUUAGCUCUUUUUUCUCUUUCAAUAUAGAAUCAGAUUUCUUCUCCUUUUGUUCUUGUAGUUCUUUUUCUUCACCAAGCUUUUCCUAUGCGCCAACAAUUCUAAAUCCAUUCAGAUAAGUAUCAAACUUCAAAUUUGUAAUUAAAGGAAAGAAAACACCCUUAAUUUUUAUUCCCUCUGAAAUUUAUUGCCACACUUUAUUUGAGGGACAGAGGUCGCUGCCUUGAUAAGGAAAACCAACAAGAUAUUCUUCUUUGAUUUGUUUCAAGCUUGAAUUUUAUAUAUAUAUAUAUCGCCUGGAAUGGAUUACUCUUUAUUGUGGCAUCUACUCCAACCUGAUUUUGUUGUUCGACCUAUGUUGUUUGGACUCUUCAAAAGUGUCAACUGGUCCAACAUCGAAAGUGAAGAUUCCACACAACUUAGUGUUUGACUGUAUUGGUGAUUAACUAAUUAAUAUCUUCCAGUUUCUUAUUGCAAGUGAACUCUCAGAAAGAACAGGUUCAAAGUCACGAUCAAUUCCUUUUUCAAAUCCUGCUGCAGCUGCACGAGCCCUUCCCGCGUGCCAUAUAUGUGUUUUUCCUUAUGUUUUUUAUCAAGUUUAUUUAUUAAUGGAAGCUUUUGUCUUUUUGUGAAAUCUGUUAUCAUGUAUAGGCCUUCAACACAGUUCAAACUCUGUCAAAUUACAAUCGGCCAUCUUCGGAGAUGUUGUCUCAAUCAUGCAAUCUUCGUCCUUACAGUAAACCAUUCUCUUAAUUGUGAUUUACUAUGCUUGAAAUGCAGACAUUACUCUUUAGCUGAUAUAAAAAAUUAAACCUGCGGAUAAACUGGGUUCCUGCAACAUUCAACCAAUCAGAGCAACUGCUAGUUGCCUCCAACAGUUCCAAUAUUCAUAUGAUGGAUGGUCAUUUAGUAGAUGUGGAUCUUCUACAAGAAUACCUCAAGCUGCAUCUGAAAGACUUGAAGCUAAAACUAUCCAAUCUUCAUAGGACCUAGCAGAGAUACUCUCUCUUCCUCUGAGGUAGCGUUCUGUUGAAAAGAUACGAGAGGCUUGGUUGUCGUUGAAUUGAAUCUGAACAAGUAUGACGGUUGAAAUGAUGGAGAAGAAAAUAGUGAUUAAAGAUGGGGAGGUUCUUGCAGAAACAGUACCUUCUCUUCAAGCUCAAGAAAAAAAUGAUGAUACAACCAAUUAUAUCAUUGAAACAGCUGUUGAGGAUUUUGAAUCAACUGAAAUGGAUCAACAGGUUGACAAUAUGCCACCAGAAACAGGGCCUUCUGCAGAACAAGAUCAUCACUUUGAGGAUUCUUUCAAAGACUUAAAUAAUGAUAAAAUGUUUGCUCUACAAAAGAUAAUGAUGUCCAAGAAGUUCUUAGUAGAAGCAGGAUACAAUCUGGAGUUUCUUAGUAUUGACAAGUUCUCAAUCAAGAAGCUAUACUUGAAGAUGUUAAGAGGAAUCUCAGAAAGUUCUAUGAUUAAGAAAUAUUUGCAAUAAAUUUGGAGUUCCUAAGUGGUGCCUCAUGGUGAUGGAAGACCAAAUAAAUACAAAGGAUAAGUGAGGUAUAUUAUAGCUAACAGUGGGUAUAUUCUUUGUAGGAUGACUAAUGAACUUUAGAUGAAACUUAUUUUUCAAUGUGUUUUCUCUUCUGCUAUACGUGUAAAUUAUUGCAAUGGCUCAGAAUAUGUAGACGAGCUUUAUAGGAAGAAGUGGAGUGGACAGUUAUGAAAUAUGAAUCAUGAAUCAUGAAUGGGAAAAAGAAUUAAGGCAGAGUUUUAUAGGAUGACACUGCAAGGAUAGCUUAUGCUAGAUUUCAUUAAAGUAUGGCUAGCAUAUUAUUAAUUGAUUUUAUAUUUAUAUGUAUGAAAUUAUGUAAUUACUUUUUUAUACAUAUUAUUUGAGGGAAGAUCUAGAUGAGGUUGGCGAUGA